AUGACGUUGGAAGAACCAACAAUAACAUCUUGUAGUCCGUUCGAUGAUAACCAAAUAACACCUAAUACCAAAUCUUUAACAAAUUCCCCUAAACCUGUGAUACAAUCUAAGUCUAUUAAAAGAGUCAACGACCCUAAACCGUCUCGCGAAACAUCAAACCAAAAUACUCCAACAACAAAUAAAGACCAGGACAGACUAUCCUGGACCAACCAAGAAUCUGAUAACAAACCCAAAGACCAAUUAAGAAAAAUACACAGCAGGAACAUCCAGGGUAACAAAAUCUUUGGAAGUUUCCAAAGUAUACCUGAACAUUGCGAUGUGGGAAUUAACAAACAAGGAUCAGGAUCAUCAGGAUUAGCUGAUAGAUCAUCCAAAUAUGAUCAGAGGCUCCAGGAACCUGUUCCUAAAGUCAUUUCUAGGCCCGCAGAAUUGUUGAGGGUUCAGUUUGUAAAAGGAGCAGGAAGACCUUCCUUAGGCUUCACCAUUGCAGGAGGUUCUGAUUCGCCGAAGGGCUCUAUGGGGAUUUAUGUCAAGACUGUUUUACCAGGAGGACAGGCCGAGAAACAGGGAUGUCUCAGAACAGGUGAUGAAAUCCUGUCAGUUAACACAGUACCCUUAAGUGGCCUCACCAGGACCCAAGCAACUGCAGUUUUUGCCAAAGUCCGAACAGGUACUGUCACCCUCAGGGUUCUCCGAAGAGGCACAGCACCCCCGACAGAACUUCCAACAGCAUCCAACAGGUGCUCCCGAUGUGAUUUUACAAAUUUUACAAAUCAUACAAAUCAUGGUGUCGGUUACGAUCAUGCUAAUAAUACUAAUGCUUUGAGUAGAAGUAGUACUUACAUUAUAUCACCCGGUGAAGGUGAUUAUAGUGAUAGCGAUAUGACAGAUUUAUCGAUACCUGAUGUUGGUUCCAAUCGUGGAACUUAUGUUAUUGAUAGUAAUAAAGAUAAUGGUUUUGGUUUUGCUGAUAAUGCUUAUCAUGCUGGUAUUGGUCAAGAGGAUGAUGAUGUUGAUGGUGAUUUUGAUAUGUGUCGAGAUAUCGAAGAGGUAUCGAAGACAGGCAGUGGAGGAUAUAUUAAAAGGGCUAAGAGGUUGUAUUCGGCGAUUACUACCAAUUUUUAACACUAUGGGUCCAGAAUAUCAAAGUCCUGCGAUGAUUUAGAUAAAUGUGACUUUUGAAGAAUAUUUACUCGAACAUACUCAAUUUAUAAUAAACGAGGAUGUUAAUAUUAAGAAUGAAACAAGUACGUAACGCGAACGUAACAGAAAAGAAACAAAAUUAUGAGGUAAAAUAACAAUGCAAUAUUUUUUGAGUAUAUAUGAUUUAUAUAGUUUUUUUAACUGCAAUAACUAUUUUAUUUAAACUUUUAUUGAGCAACUGCUUUAAUCGGAUUUAACCCGUAUU